AGUCUCUCUCCUCGGUGUGUCAGUCUCUCCUCAGAGUCUGUCUCUCCCCGGUUUGCCUGUCUCUCCUCGGUGUGUCAGUCUCUCCUCGGUGUGUCAGUCUCUCCUCAGUGUGUCUCUCUCCUCAGUGUCAGUCUCUCCUCAGUGUCAGUCUCUCCUCAGUGUGUGGGUCUCUCUCCAGUCUCUCCUCAGUGUCCGUCUCUCCUCAGUGUGUGGGUCUCUCUCCAGUCUCUCUCCUCAGUGUCUGUCUCUCCUCAGUGUGUCUCUCUCAGUGUCUCUCUCCCCUCUCGCUGUGUAGAAUAGAAGGAGUUAAGAGGUCUCCCUGUGAUAGGACAGGGUACGCGCACAGUUGCUUAGUAACAGAGACGUUUCUCGUUCCUCUCUCUUCUCUCUCAUUUUUCCUUCUUUCUUUUCCUCCUCUCUUCCGCUCUCCCCGUCCAUCCCUCCACCCUUCCAUCCCUCCACCCGUCCAUCCCUCCACCUGUCCUCUCCAUCUCCGCCGCGCUCCACUUUUUCUCGUCUUUUUUCUCUCCAUCCCUCUUUCUCCCUUGUUUUCCUUCUUUUUAUCGUGUUUCCCGUCGUCACCAUUUUGUCCCUGGUCUGUGAAGUAGUUAAGCGGUCCCCCCGUGCGUGUCCCUGUGAUAGGAGGGGGCGUGCACACAGUUGCCUGGUUACCACGCUCACAGUGACAUCCCUGUGAAUACGGAAGGAUGCAGCGCCUGCUGGUCCUGGGAGCUGGCUUGGGCCUACUCAAGGUCUUGAACAUGAAAUUUGAUGGCAACUGAAAGAUUCGCUGAGUCUUGAGAUUAUCACAUUGCCCGUUCCCGGAGGAAAAGCGUCCCAGGGGGGAAACAGCCCAGCAUGGACGCCCCUCCCACUGCCCCGUUCCGACCGUCGCAAGGAUUCCUGAGCCGACGCCUGAAGAGCUCUAUAAAGAGGACAAAGAGUCAGCCCAAGCUGGACCGAACCAGCAGCUUCCGGCAGAUCCUUCCACGGUUCCGGAGCGCUGAUCAUGAUAGGGCACGUCUCAUGCAGGCUUUUAAAGAGUCGCACUCCCACGAGUCCUUGCUCAGUCCCAGCAGUGCGGCGGAGGCUUUGGAUCUGAAUCUGGAUGAGGAUUCGGUGGUGAAACCCGUGCACAGCAGCAUCCUGGGACAGGAGUUUUGCUUUGAGGUGACCACCGCAUCGGGGACGAAGUGCUUUGCGUGCCGCUCAGCUGCUGAAAGGGACAAGUGGAUAGAAAACCUUCAGAGAGCUGUGAAGCCCAACAAGGAUAACAGUCGAAGAGUGGAUAAUGUCCUCAAGCUGUGGAUCAUCGAAGCUCGUGACCUCCCCCCCAAGAAGCGCUAUUACUGCGAGCUCUGCCUGGAUGACAUUUUGUACGCCCGUACCACCAGCAAAGCCCGGGGCGAGACCGUUUUCUGGGGGGAGCAUUUUGAGUUUAACAACCUGCCAGCUGUCCGGAACCUGCGCCUCCACCUGUACAAGGACACAGAUAAGAAGAGGCGUAAGGAGAAGAGCAACUACGUGGGCAUGGUGAACGUGCCCAUCGCCAGCAUCAGCGGGCGCCAUUUUGUAGAGCAGUGGUACCCAGUCUCUCAGCCCACAUCCUACAAGGGGAAGAGCAGCUGUCCCUCCAUCCGCCUAAAGUCCCGAUACCAAACUAUGAGCAUCCUCCCCAUGGAGUUGUAUAAAGAGUUUGCAGAGUAUGUGACCAACAACUACCGGAUGUUGUGCGCCGUGCUGGAGCCGGUGCUGAGCGUGAAGAGCAAAGAGGAGGUGGCCUGUGCGCUGGUGCAUAUAUUACAAAGCACGGGGAAGGCCAAGGACUUCCUCUCGGAUAUGGCUAUGACAGAGGUCGAUCGCUUCCUUGAUAGAGAGCACCUUAUUCUCCGUGAGAACACACUUGCAACUAAAGCCAUAGAGGAGUUUCUGAAACUGAUAGGACAGAGAUACCUCAAGGAAGCCAUUGGUGAGUUUAUUCGGGCUCUGUAUGAAUCAGAGGAGGACUGCGAGGUUGACCCCAUGCGUUGUCCGCCUUCUGCCCUGCCCGAUCACCAGGCCAAUCUCAGGAUGUGCUGCGAACUUGCGCUUUGCAAAGUCUUCAACUCCCAUUGUGUGUUUCCCCGGGAGUUAAAAGAAGUCUUUGCUUCAUGGAGGAUGCGCUGUGCGGAGCGCGGCCGUGAAGACAUAGCAGAUCGACUCAUCAGUGCCUCUCUCUUCCUCCGCUUCCUGUGUCCGGCCAUCAUGUCCCCCAGCCUCUUCGGCCUGAUGCAGGAAUAUCCUGAUGAGCAAACAUCUAGGACCCUCACCCUCAUCGCUAAGGUCAUCCAGAACCUGGCCAACUUCAACUUCAAAUUCAGCAGUAAGGAAGAGCACAUGUCCUUCAUGAAUGAGUUCCUGGAGACGGAGUUGGCCAAUAUGCAGAAUUUCUUGUACGAGAUCUCCAACAUGGAUGCGCUCACCAACAGCAGCAACUUCGAGGGCUACAUCGAUCUGGGGCGGGAGCUGAGUACCCUGCACGCCCUGUUAUGGGAAGUGAUCCCCCAGCUAAGUAAAGAGCAGGACGCUCUUAUGAAGCUGGGGCCCCUCCCUCGCCUUCUCAAUGACAUCAGCCUAGCGCUCAGGAACCCCCACAUCCAGCGGCAGCCAAGUCAUCAAGAACGGUUGCCACCUCCAAAACCCGUCAUCCUGAGGGGGCCAUCAGCGGAGCUCCAGAGCUACCUAGCGCGAGACCUCAACAGCUCCAUUGACAUGACCCGAUUACCCUCACCAACCAAGGACAAGUCCUCCAAGGAUAUGUUCUUUGUGUCACGCCGCCCACUCACCCGCUCUUCACCUGCCUAUUGCACCAGCAGCUCAGAUAUCACCGAGCCAGACCAGAAGAUGCUGAGCGUGAACAAAAGUGUUUCCAUGUUAGACUUGCAGGAUAGCCGCAUGAACAGUGUGUCCAACCUGCAAGCGGUAGGGGACAUGCUCAACUCCAGCCAGGCCUCCAUAUCCGGGGGACUUCGCCCAGGGGGCCGGCUCUCCCAGGGCAGUGGGUCUAGCAUUGCGGCUGGUCUGCGACUCAGUCAGAUGGGAGUCACCACCGAUGGGCUUUCGGCUCAGCAGCUGCGCAUUCCCUUGUCCUUCCAGAACCCGCUCUUCCACAUGGCCCCCGAUGGCCCAGCUGCACCACCCUCUCACCCGGCUCCUCAUCGGCCGGACCCCGGAGUUGAUGCCUUUGCCCCAUUCCAUGGCUACAGCAAGAGUGAGGACCUAAGCUCCGGAAAGCACAUGCUGCACAGUCACAGCUACAGCGACGACUUCACCCGGCAGGGGUCAGAGUUCAGCAAGAGGCAGCUUUCCCUCCAAGACAAUCUGCAACACAUGCUAUCACCUCCACAAAUCACCAUUGGCCCCGGAGUACCGCGGAGGCAAGACUCACAGCCGCCUCCUCUUCACAGGGGAAAAUCCCAACAACUGACGGUGCAGGCCGCCCAUAAACCUCGACCAAGCAGCGGUAACCUACUGCAGAGCCCGGAACCAAUGUACGGAGCAGCCAGAGUCCGUCAGCAAUCGGUAGAGAAAGAUGCAGCAGGGUUAAAACCCAGCAUAACUAAGCAGCACUCACAUGCACAGUCCACCCUGAACCCGGUCACUCCAGCCUCGGAACGCACAGUUGCCUGGGUGUCAAACAUGCCUCAUCUUUCAGCUGACAUUGAGAGCGCACACAUAGAACGGGAAGAGUACAAAUUAAAAGAAUACUCAAAAUCCAUGGAUGAGAGUCGCCUUGAGAGGGUGAAGGAAUACGAGGAGGAGAUCUACUCCUUAAAAGAGCGACUCAUGAUGUCCAACCGGAAGCUGGAGGAAUACGAGCGCCGUCUCCUCUCCCAGGAGGAGCAAACAAGCAAAAUGCUGCAGCAAUAUCAGUCCCGCCUGGAGCAAAGUGAGAAGAGGCUGCGGAUGCAGCAGAUGGAGAAGGACACGCAAAUCAAGAGCAUCUUAAACAGGUUAGAAAUGGUUGAUGCUGGUGGAGGAGGAGAUCAGGAAGGAUCACACACAAGAACCAAUCGAUAUGAAGAGGAGACUUAUCGAGGCUCAGUUCUGCAGGCACAAGGACAGUUUAAGGAGUUCUCGAGUGUGACGACCCUGCAUUCAGCAGCCCAUACCUCUUCUUCCUGGAGUCUUGAGAAGAAGUUUCCCUCCGUGGGUUCAGCAGACCCGCGUCUGAGGCUGGCGACUCCAUGGAAUGGGGCCCUUCCACCUCUGCCUCCUCGACUCCAAAUCACAGAAAAUGGAGACUUUCUAAACUCAAGUGACCAUCACUAACCGGAGCUGAGGGGUCCGUCCAGGAGCUGGGAGGGAGGAAGGGGGACUGGGAUUCCCCCACAGAGGCGUCUGUCCAGAGGCCUGAUGGGGAGGGGGCUGGGCACCCCCUUUCCUCCCUGACUCUGAAACCCUCCCUCUGUGCCGUCCAGACCUGCAGCAGACAAUCUGUGUGACCCCGGACACACGUGGGAAGUGGAGAGGAGAGAGAAGGGGAUAUCGCACUGAACUUAUCCUAAGACCCUCACCAUAUGAAUCCUAUCUCCUAAGCCUUUGUUCACAAUGGACUCCUAAAUCUAUCAGUUUCUCUGACCCUCCGCUAAACUUUUCCACCAUCAUUGACCCUUUGAAUUUCCCAUCGAUCCACCCCCCCCCCCCCCCUCCAGCUCUCUGUCUCAGGUCUGAGGCCCUGGGAUUCGCACUGACAGAUCUGCACUGUAGGGGAUACCUCCCCAACCAUUACUCCAGUCUACAUCCUCUCAUCUACCUGCCCUCACUCCCGGCUCAUCCCUUCUUACAUACCUCUUCUCAUCCCUCAUCUGCUCAUCACCAUUUAUGUUCUUAACCCCUCCGACCCCUCUGUUCUGUGUGUCACACAGGAAUUUGAGUAUCAGAUCAGGAGACCUAUACAAUGUAAGAUGGAGGAAUAGUGAUGGCCUCAAGAUAAAGGCCGUGUAGAUGGAGGCCAUGGUGGAGGUGCAGGAUUCAGGGUUGGCAUAGGGAGGUGAAGGAUCAGAGGUUGGGAGAAUUGAGGAUUGGAGAAAGCCAAAAAUGGACAAAAAAACUAGAAACAGGAGCUCCCGGGGGAUGGACUCUUGUAGCUGGUUACACGGGGACAUAGUGCAUUUACCUCCUAUUAUGGGCAGCUGUUCUGGGAGACUAGAGAUCAUUUAUUAUUAAUAUUCUGAAAUUAUUAAUUAUUAUAAAACUUUAUUUAUUUCUCUAAACCUGUCAGUCUGCGCGGAGCCAAAACCAGUGACCCAAGUCUCCCGCCCCAAAGAGCUUACAAUCUUAACUCCACUUCCUGUGAUACGGGGAGUUUAUAAAUAACUUGGCCUCAAAGGUCGCAUGGAACUUGCGUUUGGAUGGGGGGGGGAGGCGGGAAGGGCGUUAGUUUCACCCAUAUCAGAGGUUGGUGCCAUAAAACUUGCAGGGCCCCUCUUCACCUCGGUGACAGGAGCAGCCGGGCCCGAAAUGAAUGUGUCAGUAAAGAUAAUUUUGAUUGUACUUGGUUCUUUUUGACGUUCUGUGUAAAUAUAAAACAUUUAAAGAAAAAAAAAGAGAAUUCAGAGUCGUUCUGUGAGUCCAGAGCUCAGACAGCCACUGAUUUCUGUUAUUUAUUAUAUUUAUAUAUUUACCGAACAAGACAACAGGUGCUGACGUCCAUUGUCUAUCUCCCAUCAGACAGUCCGGUCACAUCUCACCACAGGGAUCUCCAGAGGUGACCACCAUGCCACUAAAGGUCAUUGUUCUCAUGAUAUAAGCCAGGAAUGCACACGUGUAGAUGAAUGCAGAAUCCUCGAUUAACCAAAGUGAUUCAUAAUAAAGUGAUAUGUGCCAGAAGUUGGACAUGUUUAUAGAGAAAGUAGAAUGUCCCUCAUAGUAAAGCACUGGAAAAACAAUGGAGGCUUUGCCUGGAAGAUACCAUAUUUAAUAGAUUACCACUGGUCGAUGCUUUAGAAAUCCUUCCAUUUGGAUGAAAAGCACUAGAGUCGCUUAGA